AUGGCGGGCCCACAGGAGUCGUCGACCUCCUCGGGGUCCAGGAAGUCGGGCAGUCGUGCUGUAGGACAGUUCAACAUCGGCUCCGAGAUUGGUAAAGGCAGUUUUGCUCAAGUGUAUCUGGGCUGGCAUAAGGAAACCAAAGCUGCUGUCGCCAUAAAGUCCGUCGAGCUUGAACGCCUGAACAAGAAGCUAAGAGAGAACCUUUACAGCGAAAUCCAAAUUCUUAAGACAUUACGCCACCCACAUAUCGUUGCCCUCCAUGACUGCAUCGAAUCAACCAGCCAUAUCAACCUGAUUAUGGAAUACUGCGAGCUUGGCGACUUGUCCCUCUUCAUUAAAAAACGAGAGAAGCUCGCCACACACCCUGCCACGCAUGACAUGGCACGCAAAUACCCCAGCAUGCCAAAUUCUGGCUUGCAUGAGGUUGUCAUUCGACAUUUCCUAAAACAGCUGACUAGUGCCCUCGAGUUUCUACGCAGCAAAAACUACGUUCAUCGAGACGUCAAGCCCCAAAACCUACUACUAUUACCCUCGCAACCCUUCAGAGACCAAAGAAGUCGCCCAGUCAUGCAAGCCAGCCAAGAUUCGUUGAUUCCGAUUUCUGGUUUGGCAUCUCUACCUAUGCUCAAACUUGCCGACUUCGGCUUCGCCCGAGUGCUUCCCUCUACUUCCCUGGCCGAUACCCUCUGUGGGUCCCCCCUGUACAUGGCCCCAGAAAUUCUCCGAUACGAGCGAUAUGAUGCGAAAGCCGAUCUUUGGUCAGUGGGAACUGUGCUCUAUGAGAUGAGCACAGGUCGCCCUCCGUUCCGGGCCAGAAAUCAUGUCGAGUUAUUGAGAAAGAUUGAAGCUGCUGAGGAUGUUAUCAAGUUUCCGAGGGAGGUCAGCAUCACUCCUGAGCUAAAGGCUCUAAUUCGAAGUCUCUUGAAGAGAAGCCCGGUCGAACGGCUCAGCUUUGAGAAUUUCUUCACCCAUCAGGUAGUCACUAGUGAAAUCCCUGGUCUCGUAGAGGAUGACAUUCCCAAGUCACUCAGGCAAGAAUCCCGAGAUCCAAGGUCAGCUUUUCAAUCUGGUUCGCCGUCCCUAUCGUCCCGCAGCCCACGUCAGACAGGUCACCAGUCUCCGACGGAAGCUCUUGUCUCCAGAUCUCCUAGAGAUCAGCAACCCAGAUCACCACAGGUGGGAAGUCCGGGGGGGAGUCGAUAUGCUCGGCGAUCAAACGAAAGCCAACGUACCACUGGCAACUCCCCUCGCGAAGGUGGAGAGGGCUUGGGCAUCCGCCGUCCUGUAGCUCAGCAUGCGAUGACUGCUCCUGUUCAACAGGUUGCUUAUGAUUCAGUAACGGGUCGCAAUAGGGCCUCGCCGCCCACAUCUCUAUUAGAUCAGGUACGUAGAAACAGAGCGUUGAGUAAUCCGCCCAUCACCGAAGAGGAGAGGGCAGCCCAGGACGUAGCUCUGGAGCGGGAAUACGUUGUGGUUGAGAGACGCCAUGUUGAAGUCAACGCUCUGGCCGAUGAGCUGGCAGCCAACGAGAAACUCGGCGACGCAUCCCAGAGAUCUGGACCCAUAACUCGACGAUAUACCCAACAGGGGGCACCCACAUCCACAACAGGUGCAAUUUCGACGCCAUAUUCUCGCAAUGCGUUGGCGACUCAGCCUCGCCAUGACCGGAAGUCAUCAUACGAGAAAUCUCUUUCUGCUAGCCCUGGCUCAGCAUCGAGUGCUAUCUCCAAGGCCAUCCAGGAUGCCAGUCUGAGACUCUUUGGUUUCAAGGUUCCUCCACUGCGAGCUUCGCCAAAGGGUCCGUCUCCGCCGCUUUACCAAGCCUUUCCAACAUAUCCAACACCCCAAGCGCCUGUUGGGCUACUGGGAGACGGCAGAAACGUUCAGGGUACGGAUGAGGAUGGUAAAGCAGCACAAACUAUUGAGGAACUUGCAACCCGAAGCGACUGUGUUUAUGGAUUUGCCGAAGUCAAAUACAAGCAACUUGUUCCACUGGCACCGUCCGCAGAUCACAUCUUGGGCGGUCUUGAGCCUGAACAGCUGGUUAAUGAAGAAGAUGGGUUGACGGUGGAAGCAAUUGUGGCUUUAUCGGAGGAGGCUCUUGUUUUGUACGUCAAGUCGCUCACUCUUCUUGCCCGAGCUAUGGACAUAGCUAGUCUCUGGUGGUCCAAGAAGAGCCGAGGAGACACGGGCACCGGCUUGUCAGCAGCAGCAGCUCAGACGGUUGUUCAGCGCAUCAACGCCGUGGUACAGUGGGUUCGACAACGCUUCAACGAAGUGCUAGAGAAGUCAGAAAUUGUCCGCCUUAAACUCACAGAAGCGCAGAAGCAACUGCCUGAUGAUCAUCCCAGCCACCCAUCCAACCAUGGCACUGAGUCGAUUGCUUCCUCAGCUGGAAGUCCCACAAAACAAGUUUAUCUCACUCCCGGUAUCAGCGCCGAAAAGCUUAUGUACGAUCGGGCUCUGGAGAUGAGUCGGGCUGCAGCCAUCGAUGAAGUCACCAAUGAGAACCUCUCAGGUUGCGAAAUAUCGUAUAUCACGGCUAUUCGGAUGCUUGAAGCCGUAUUGGACAACGAUGAGGGAUCGGGUUCCGAAACAAGAAGGCUGUCUACUGGUAAAGAAGCUGAGAGAGAGGCUGUUAAGGAAGUAAGCGGGGGCGAGCUUGACAGCGAUGAGGAGGCUCACGUCCGAAAGAGACGACUUGCUGCUGUGCGCAAGAAGCAACAAAUGAUUGCCGAGGCCAACAGCAAAACAAACCUUGUUUAUCAGCAGGCAGUGCGUCGUCGCAGCGGCGAUAUGACACCACGAAGCGUUCCCUCGCAUGCAUCUUCCUGA